AUGCAGGAGAUGAACGAACAAUCCGGGAGUCGGGGAGAAGCAAACUUUGUCUGGAAAUGCAAGAACUGCAAGAGAGAAUCAAGCGCCACCAUCAAAGCCGCCCCAGCAAAAUACGAGCAAAAUUCACCCGCCAAACCAAAGAAUAUCAUAGACAUCGAUUGUCGGGGUCUGGAAUUUACCGACUUCAAGCCAGAUGGAGAGUGGGAGGCUACAGGCAUCGAGUCCGGGACCAAGUUUUCGGGCAUUGACCUGUCGGAGGGAGAGUGGUUCGACUAUGACGAGAAGGCCGGCGAGGAAGUCAGCAUCAAAGACAUCAAGUGGCAGAUACGGCGAGCUUGA